GCGUGCAGAUACCUGACAUAACCCUUUCCCUGAGUCAAACGUGAUUUUGUUUGUAUACAAACUUUCAAUGCAUUCAAUGGUUUCACAGUAGUAACUUUAUAAUGUUCACAUUGCUGGGUGAAGUAAACUUAUGGAGUUUCGACGACAAUAUAAGCAUAAAAAGCACAGAUUUCGGUGCAUUUCGGUAUCAUGAUAAGCGUAUUGAUCAUUUGCACGAGGAGGGCAAGCGAUCCUAUUGUCAAAAGCGUGGCAUGAUAUAUGUGCCGACAAAUAAAAAAGGAAAUAAAUUAAAGGAUUCCAUUAAAUAUCUCGAGGAACAAUUGAAAGAUAAUUCAAUAAUAUAUUGCCAGUGGUAUGACGACUGUGUUUUACAGUUAAUGUUAAGCAAUGCUUUAUUGAUACAAAUACAAGUGAACAUUAUGANUAUAUGUGUGGUAAAAAAUCUUAACUGCUUUCUAUUAUUUUUAGUGAUAAUUACUAAGAAUUAUAUACUUUGCACUUAUAAUGAUAAUCAAGUAACUGUCGUGCAUUUUACAAGAUCGAGGAGACACAUCUUUGAUAAAAUUAAUAGGCUUGAACCAAAAUUGUCUACAAUUGAUCUGUUUGGUGCUAACGGCCGUAGAUUAGACAAAAAAGUACAAACUAACAAAUGUGGCGAUCUGAUAUUAACAUGGUGGAAGUCUACAAUGAACGAAGUUUAUCCCUGGAGUCCUGUUGUAAAAGAGCACGAUCGUGCUAACAUUCAUCUUUACCGUAUAAUAGGAGUAAAAUUAGAAUUAAUUUGUUACAUACGUAGUGAGUUUGAUCCCCUGUGCAUAAUGUUUGACGCAUGUAAUGAUAAUGUAAUUCACUCUGUAGAACAAAAAGUCUCGAGAAAGGGAGAAGUAACUAUAGAAUGGCGUACCUAUGAAGUCUCUCAACAAGAUAAACUUCAAAGAAUUGGAAUGAUUUCUGUACCAUUGCCUACGCAUACAAGUUGUGUAAAAUUCUCCCCAACUCAGGAAUUAUUAUUAUUAUGCUGCAUAGAUGGUUCUGUUGUAAUAUAUGAUCAAACUAGAGCUACUAUCAUCAGUGUAAAAGCAGCUUUUAUCCCUACAUUGGCAUCAUGGCACAGUGAUGGAAUGAUAUUUGUUGUUGGAAAUGAUAAAGGUCAAUUGCAACACUUCGACAUUGCCUUGUCAUGUAUUAAAAGUCAAACGUUAAGUGAAGAAACAGUACAAGCAAAUAUUCUCGACCUGUCUUCGUAUUUUAGGAUUCAACCAGCAUUGCUGCGUAUGGAAUGGAACAAAAAGAAUGAUCUCAGUUGCUACAUUGAUGUACAUAAUCACGGCAAUUCUCUGUUAUUAUUAAUUUUUCAACGAGGACCUAUAGGUGUCAUAAAAGUGUUAGAAGGAAAUUCGUUCACCGGUGAUGUGUUGGUCAAGAGAUAUCUAUCUCUGUCGCAAGUUGAACAAGCAACGUCUUUAUUAUUGUCUAUGAAUUGGGACACUCAUUCUCGUGCCUGCAUGCAUGCACUCAAUCAGAUUGUAAAUUAUUUGUUCAAGCUGCCUUUGACAACGGAACGUGAAAAUCUCAUACAGAAUGCGUUAGGUAGUUUUCAUGUACCUGUUAAACCAAUUAGUCAAGCCAUCGAAGAAGAAUACGGAGAAGAGAUAAGAGACUUAACGAGACGAUUCUUCCAUCAUUUACUAAGGUAUCAUAUGUUCGAGAAAGCUUUCAGACUUGCUAUAGACCUAAACGAUCACGACCUUUUUAUGGACAUACAUUUCUACGCAUUGAUCGUGAACGAUACGGCCAUGGCAACUGCAGCAAAAGAAAAUGCCGAGCGUAUAUUAAGUAGAUCAAACAGUUGCAGCAGUUCACAUUCCACGUGCUCUAGAGCAUCGUGUUCACUGUGUUCUGCUUCUAUAAGUGAUAAAGGAGAAGAAUCUUGUAGUGACGAAAGUGAAAAUUCGUCUAAAAAAAAUCAGACUGAUAUGAAACAAUCAAAGAUUUAUAAGAAGGAGUCCAACAGCCAAAUUCCUCCUUUACCAGUUCUCAAUCCACAUUCCCUCAACAAGAACUUGUUGUCCACAUCGUUCACUGACGUCGCGCCCAUUGAAAAGUCAGAUUGUAACUUAGAGCCAAGAUCCUUUACUAUACCUAGUAGCACUCUCACAACUUCAUUUAAUCAUUCGUCACAUCUCUCGUUAUCAUCUACACGUUUUAUACCAUCAUUCAACAAAGCAAUAUUUAAAGCUCAUGGAAAUUCAGCAUCGUUAUCUGCAAUGACUACGACAAAUAUUGCGCAUUCUCUUAGUAAUAUUUCUGGCGACUUAAUGACAACUUCGUUUGGAAGCGUAUCUAUAAACGAUAAAAAAGCAUCCAAUAGGUUUAAUGAAAAUGCUGUGGAUACGACGUUUAACAAAGUUGUGCGUAGCGAAAUGCAAGUGCCUCGUGAUAAUGCAUCGAAUGACACAGUAACUAAUUUGGUGCAAGAGAAUAAUUUUAUGUCGACUCCUUUCAACAAUCCAACGUAUGAAUCAACUAGUCAUUCAGAGGCUUCGUCUGAUCUGUUAAGAUCUUCCUUAGACAGCAUAGACAAUAACAUUAUGUCUACAUCUUUCAGUACAUUUAGUACAGACAUUUCAAAUUCGUAUGAUAACGCAACGACUGCUAAAUCUGAUUCAAACUCUGCUUCGUCGCCUUUAAAAAAUUUAAAAUCUGGUACGGUCAAUGAGUUUGCAUCUAGAACAGUUUCUGAUUCUGUCAUAACGAGUAAAGUAACAUCCAGUUUUCAUAAUAAUCUCGCGUCGACUUCUUUCAAUUUUCUCGGCACUCAGGAUUCUGGUAGCUCGAAAAGCUUUAAUAACGAAGAUCAUAAUGUUAUUAAACCGCAAUCCUUUCUGGGGAAGAAACAAAUGGAUUAUAAUGUUCCACCACCACCUUCUUUAACAAAUUCAUUCACGAAUUAUUUCCAGAGUCUACCGAAAAAGAAUCUUCCUUUAUCUAGAAGUACGCCUGGAUUAACAGAUAUCGAUGAGUCGAUUAAAAAAUUUUCAUCUAUCAGGACAAGUCUUACUUCGUACGCGUUACAGAGGCAAAGUUCUGCAUCUAAUAUUUUGGAGCAGCAUAAAUACAGCAAUAUUAAGCCUCCUAAAUAUAGAUUGAACUAUGAUUUUGAUUACGUUUCGCUUCAUGGAAGUUGUGACAACAUCGAUAUACAUUCCUCUACUAACAAUAUAAAACUAGGUAGUUCACAGUUUUCUUCCACGUAUGGUUUACAAAGUAGAUUUGAUAACAGGCAUUCGAAAGUAAUAUCACAAAACGGUACAAAUACUAGCAUCAGUAAAGACUUCAAGAUCUCUUCUAACGUUCCACCUCUACCAGUUAUAUCUACUUCCACUUCCAGUUCUGUGUCCUGUUCUCCCUUCUCUACAUUUACGGAUACGAUAGAUACAACAUUAGCAACAAGUGAAAAGCCGAAAGUGAAAUUCUCAAAUACAGUAACACAUAUUUUGGUGCCUGGCACAGGUCAAUCGCAUAAACAAAAACGGUCUACGAUUACUCAAGUGCAUUUGACUGAUCCAAAACGCGAAUUAGCGGAAAGCCUUCCAUUGUGCCUUGGAAACGAAGAUUAUCUUAAAGAUUUUCAACCAUUACCAAAAGAGGAUAGUAACAACAAAGUGAAAGAAGCUUCAAGACCAGAAGAGGGUUCUAAAAUAAAAGUUGUACACUUUGGACUUUUAUAAAAGAGAUUUAAAUUGUAGUAUAUAAAUUAGAAUAUUAAAAAAAAAGACACAUGUAUAGAUAUAUGAAUUAUGUAUAUACAUGAGAUUGUAUUUACAUGUAUGUACUUAGAAUUUACGUGAAGACUAUUUGUAUAUGUACUUACAUUUUAUAUGUACAUACAUUUUUUUUAUAUAAUAAAUUUUUUCAAGUUUUAUUA